CCACCCUGCCCUACCGACCCUGAGUCCUGUCCUCUCGCUUUCCUCCACGGACAGCAUGAGCUUCACCACUCGCUCCACCACCUUCUCCACCAACUACCGGUCCCUGGGCUCCGUCCAGGCGCCCAGCCGUAGCGUCCGUCCCACCAGCAGCGCGGCCAGCGUCUAUGCAGGCGCCGGGGGCUCGGGCUCCCGGAUCUCCGUGUCCCGCUCCACCAGCGUCCGGAGCGGCUGGGGGUCCGGGGGCCUGGCCGCGGGGAUGGCCGGGGGUUUGGCAGGAAUGGGGGGCAUCCAGACCGAGAAGGAGACCAUGCAAGAGCUGAACGACCGCCUGGCCUCCUACCUGGACAGAGUGAGGAGCCUGGAGAUCGAUAAUCGGAGGCUGGAAAGCAAAAUCCGGGAACACCUGGAGAAGAAGGGGCCCCAGGUCAGAGACUGGGCGCAUUACUUCAAAAUCAUCGAGGACCUGAGGGCUCAGAUCUUUGCAAAUUCUGUGGACAAUGCCCGCAUCGUUCUGCAGAUUGACAAUGCCCGUCUUGCUGCUGAUGACUUUAGAGUCAAGUAUGAGACAGAGCUAGCCAUGCGCCAGUCUGUGGAGAGCGACAUCCAUGGGCUCCGCAAAGUCAUUGAUGACACCAAUAUCACUCGGCUGCAGCUGGAGACAGAGAUCGAGGCUCUCAAGGAGGAGCUGAUCUUCAUGAAGAAGAACCAGGAGGAGGAAGUAAAAGGCCUACAAGCCCAGAUUGCCAACUCUGGGUUGACCGUGGAGGUAGAUGCCCCCCAAUCCCAGGACCUCAGCAAGAUCAUGGCGGACAUCCGGGCCCAGUAUGAUGAGCUGGCUCGGAAGAACCGAGAGGAGCUGGACAAGUAUUGGUCCCAGCAGAUUGAGGAGAGAACCACAGUGGUCACCUCGCAGUCUGCCGAGGUCGGAGCUGCCGAGAUGACGCUCACGGAGCUGAGACGUACGGUCCAGUCCUUGGAGAUCGACCUGGACUCCAUGAGAAAUGUGAAGGCCAACUUAGAGAACAGCCUGAGGGAGGUGGAGGCCCGCUACGCCAUGCAGAUGGAGCAGCUUAACGGAGUCCUGCUGCACCUGGAGUCAGAGCUGGCACAGACCCGGGCAGAGGGCCAGCGCCAGGCCCAGGAGUACGAGGCCCUGCUAAACAUCAAGGUCAAGCUGGAGGCUGAGAUUGCCACGUACCGCCGCCUGCUGGAAGACGGGGAAGACUUCAAUCUUGGUGAUGCUCUGGACAGCAGCAACUCGAUGCAAACCAUCCAAAAGACCACCACCCGCAGGAUAGUGGAUGGCAAAGUGGUGUCUGAGACCAAUGACACCAAAGUUCUGAGGCAUUGAGGCAGUAGGAGCAGGGUGCCCUUAUACCAAUAAAAAGUUCACAGGUCAUUG